UAUGUGGUCUCAACUUCCCAACGAAAUCUUGGUGACAAUCUUACUAAAAUCAUCUCUAAUUGAUCGCAUCCGCGCGGGAUCAGUUUGUAUUUCAUGGUGGUCGGCUUUGAAGGAGAUCAAGAAACUCAAACUCCAAACUUCAGGUCUAUUGCUGCUCUCCAAAAAUUUGGAAACCGACAUCCACACCGUUCUUGAUCUAUCCAACAAUACAAUCUACGGAGGAAUACACAUUCCUGAAACCCAUGAGGUAUUUUAUUUGGGAUCUUUCCAUGGAUGGCUAAUACUUUCCAAGUGGUUUACUAGAAAUAUCUUUCUCUUUAAUCCAUCCACAAAAGAACAAAUCAAACUUCCCUUCCGAGCUAACAUCUGGCACUUGGAUGAUAACAAUAUCUAUAGAGUUAAAGAUUUCACCUCCCAUCGUAUACCUCAUAGUUCGGCCAUAUUAUCAUCUGCACCUACUUCUGAUAAUUGUAUGGUUUUGAUCGUGGAUGCCAAUAACUUAUUUGGCUUUUGUAGAAGAGGAGAUGCAAGAUGGACAGUAAUAAAAGAAGUUCCCUUUGAUGAUGUUACAUGGUAUAAGGGACGUGUUUAUUUCAUAAGACGAAGAUACCAUCGCAAGAUCUGGAAGUUGCUUCAAAAUCCCAACUUCGGAGGGUGGAAGGGUCUUACUAUCAAAGUAGUUGAAAUAGAAAAAGAUUAUAAUGGUUAUCAGGCCUAUUUGGUGGAAUCAUGUGGCGAGUUAUUGAUGGUUUUAAAGUUACGACGUCGACACGGUUCGAGAAAAAAAUUCUGUGUUUUUAAGAUGGAUGAGAGGGGUCGAUUUUCGAUUAAGGUUGAAAGUUUAGGUGAUCAAAUGCUUUUCGUAGGCAAAAGAUGCUCUAAAUCCUUUUCAGCUACAAAAUUGUCGGGGUUUGAAGAAAAUUGUAUAUAUUACAGCGAUGACCAUACUGGUAAGUUUAGUGUCUUCCACAUGAAAGAUGGGAGUAUCAAGCCAUGCUUUCCAACCUGGUAUUUCCAACAUAUUCUUCGUCCAUUCAUUUGGCUGAUGUCAUAGAUGAGUUUUUAAUUUUCUUUCCUUUUCUUUCUUUUAAGUUUGAUGAUGAUUUUGCUAUAUUUCUUUAUUUCUUCAGAUACUUCAUGGAUCUCUCUCAUAUAUACAAGUCAUGAUUUCAAUAAUGUAGUCCUCCAAAUUGCAUAGGUCCACUUUGAUAGACAGUUAAAAUUGUGUUUAUUUUAUUUUAAGUAAUAAUAUUAAUUAUGUAUUAGAUACAUAAAGCUCUAAUA